GAGAAAAAAAUCACCCAAUCACCUUGACGAGCCGACUUGUCUGCGCACUCGUUUUUUUACUCUGACAGCAACAGCUGCCACUGUGUUGACUAUUCGAUUCGAUCACAAUCUCCCCUUCCUCUGAUCGAUCGGCCAGUCAGCAGCCACAGCCAUGGCCGCCUCGCUGGUGGCGCUGCUCACCGUGAGCCUCGUCGUGCCUCUCCUCUCCCUCCUGCUACUCGGCACCAAGAUGCCUCCCCGUCCGCAGCGCGCCUACGGAGCCACAAGGCUUCCUCCGUCGCCGCCGGGCGGUCUGCCGCUCCUCGGCCACCUGCACCGGCUGGGCCGCCUGCCGCACCGGGCGCUCCGGUCCAUGGCCGCGUCGCACGGCCCGGUCAUGCUCCUGCGCCUCGGCCGCGCGCCCACCGCCUUGGCAUCCUCGGCGGCGGCCGCGGAGGAGGCCCUGCGGUCCCGCGACGCGGCCUUCGCCAGCCGGCCCCGGAUGCCCAUGGCCGACCGCCUCGUCUACGGCUCCCGCGACAUCUCCUUCGCCGCCUACGGCGAGUACUGGCGCCAGGCGCGCCGCGUCUGCGUGCUCCACCUCCUCAGCCAGCGCCGCACCCGCUCCUUCCGCCGCGUCCGGGGGCAGGAGGCCACCGCGCUGGUCGCCCGCGUCCGCGCCGCGCCGGCCGGCGGCGUGGUCAACCUCAGCGACGCCCUCAUCUCCUACUCCAAGGCCGUCGUCACGCGCGCCGCGUUCGGCGACGGGGACUACGGGCUCGACGGCGACCAAGGGGGAGAGAAGUUGAGGCAGGUGAUCGCGGACCUGCAGGAGCUCAUCAUCGCGACGCCGGUGCGGGAGAUCGCGCCGUGGCUUGGGUGGGUGGACACGUUGACCGGGCUGGAGGCCAAGACCAGGCGCACCUUCCAGGCCAUCGAUGGCUUGCUCGAGCGAAUCAUCGCGAACCACCGGAGCCGCCGUCUCGGUUGCCGGCACGUUCUUGCCGACGGCGAGGCCGACGACGACCACCGCGAUUUCGUGGACGUGCUGCUGGAUGUGAACGAGAUGGACACGGACACCGGGCUCCGGCUCGACACGGACAACAUCAAGGCAAUCAUCACGGACAUGUUUGUCGCCGGCACUGACACCUCGUACACGGUGCUGGAAUGGGCCAUGGCGGAGCUCCUGAACCACCCACAAGAGAUGCGGAAGCUCCAGGGCGAGAUCCGCGCCGCUGUCGGCGCCACCGGCGACGUAACGGAGGACCAUCUCGACGGCAUGCCGUACCUCAAGGCGGUGAUCAGCGAGACCCUCCGGCUGCACCCUCCGGCGCCGCUCCUCCUGCCCCGCGAGACGACGGAGGACACGGAGCUGCUGGGCUACCACAUCCCGGCGCGCACGCAGGUGGUGAUCAACGCCUGGGCCAUCGGCCGGGACCCGGCGUCGUGGGAGCGCGCGGAGGAGUUCGCGCCGGAGCGGUUCGCCGGCGGCGCCGCGCCGCCCAUGGACUACGCCAAGGUGGGGCAGGACCUGCGGUUCCUGGCGUUCGGCGCCGGGAGGCGAGGGUGCCCUGGGGCCGGGUUCGCCGCGCCGUCGGUGGAGCUGGCGCUUGCGAACGUGCUGUAUCACUUCGACUGGGCGCUGGCGGCGACGCACGGCCGGAGGAGGCCGCCGGUGUUGGACAUGAGCGAAGCGUACGGGCUGACCGUGCGGCUCAAGGAACCGCUGCUCCUUGUUGCCAAACCAUGGAGUGGCCUGUGAAUGAUUCGACGCAUUUCGAGAAUGUACAAUGCCGUGGAUCGAUCGUGUGUUGAAUCGAGACUUUUCUAGUACUAGUUGCUUGAAACGAAAAUUGAAGGGACUUUAGGUGCUUGUGCCGCCAGUUCUUUAUCAUCCGCCUUCGCACAUAGUAAAUAAUUGGUUGAUGAAAUUAGAUCAAAUUUUGAUAGA